AUGCAGCAUCCUCAACUGCAGCAAAUCCCUCCUAGGGUCUUUGCAUGCAUCUGCAGGCUGCAGUCUCCUCCUUGCUGCAUAGCUGAGGUGUGUCUGCUGCCGUGUGAGGUCGUCUGUGCGACACUGCAUACGGGCCCAGCAGCAACAGCAGCAGCAACAGAAGCAGCAGCAGAUACAGCACCAACAACGGAAACGGCAGCUGCACCAGAAACAGCAGCAGCAACAGCAGAAACAGGAGCGGCAUCAGAGGCAGCAGCAUCACCAGACACAGCAACUGCAGCAGCAGAAGAUGCAACAACAACAGCAGAAGAAGCAGCAGCAGAUGGGCAGCUAGCUGCAGCUCAGCUGCUGCAAGAUCGGGGUGCCCAUUACGGUUUGCUGCUAAGCAGCAUCGAUUCCUCUGACGGUUCUGCUGCUGCUGCUGCUGCUGCCGAUUUGCCGCUGCAGCAAUAUGCAUUGGGGCUUUGUCCUUGCGUGCUGAAGGGGCUGCAUGCAGCAGCACAGCAGGCCAUCCGAGCCCCUCGUCGCUGCCACUCUGCUGCUGCUGCUGGAUCUACAGUAGCACCUACUUCAGCAGCUGCAGCAGGAACGUCAGGAGCAGCAGCUGCUGCUGCUGCUACCGCCACUGAGGCUUGUGGAUCUGAUGAGUGCUGCAGUUGUCUGCAUGCACUUGGGGCUUUGCGUAUUCUUUUUUUUAUAACAGGAGAUACACAAAUAAAUAAUGAGGAAAUAAUAAGAAGAAUAUUUACUAUAGGUAAAUUAAGACAAGGAACACCUCUUCCCCUACCCGCAGCAGCAGCAGCAGCAGCAGCAGCAGCAUCAGCUACCCCAACACCACAUAUACCCACGGAGAACGGUACAAAGCAUCAAGGGAAUGGUGCUCCUCCAGCAGGUGCCACUACAACACCAGCAGCAGCACCUGCUGAUGCUGCUGGUGCUGCUGCAGCAGCUGCUGCUGUUGGCCGCCUGCUUGAAGAGUUGAGGGCAUCGAGGCUGCCGCUCUUUAUGUACCCCAAAGCUGGCGAGAUUUGGGCCCUUAGACGCCAGCAGCUUAGGCUGUGCAUGCAGCGCUACCUGCAGCAGCAGCAACAGCAGCAACAGCAGCAGCAACAGCAGCAGCAACAGCAAGUGGGGUUUCAGACACCCCAUUCUGCUGCAGCUGCAGCACCAGCUGCAGCAGCUGAGAUAUUGCUGCAGCAAGAAAUGAGUUUGCUGAAGAAGGAGGCUGUGCAUAGCAUAGAUUGGCACAGACCCCAGGAGGGACAGCAGCAGCAGCAGCACCAGCAGCAGGAAUUCUUGUUGCUGCUGCUGCGGUCCGAGCUGUGUCUGGUACAGUGGCACUUAAAGGCCCGCAGCCACACAUACGCAGCAGCAGAGCAUGCACAUCGUGUGCUGCAGCUAUUUGCUGCAGAUAUAUCAAAGUUUGCUGCUGCUGCUGCUGCUGCUGCAGCUGCUCUUCCUCCAGAGUCCUGCAGCAACGGCAACAGCAGCAGCAUCAGCAGCGUGGCUGCAGUGCCCGUUGAAGCAUGCAGGGAGCAGCAGCAGCAGCAGCGGCAGCAGCAGGUAUUGUCUUUGCAUGCACUGCAGCAAGCUGUAGAGACAGAAGAGAGACACUUUUGGCUGUAUAUGACGCAGACACAUCCUUAUCAUUUUGCUGGAGGUCAUCAGCUGCUGCGUCUCCUGUCUCUUGAUCUGCAGCAGUUGCUGCAGCAGCAGCUGCAGCAACUGAAGCAGCAGCAGCAGCAGCUGGUGCAGCAGCAAGUUGCUGCUGCAGCAACGCUGCAACCGUCCUGGGUGAUUGAGCAGCUGCAGCCAACAGGCCCUGCUGCUGCACGAGCUGCAUAUACAGCCGAGGAGGCGCGCAGCAUUUUGUCUCUCUUUCCUGCUGCAGAGGCUGCUUGGCGUACCUGCACUUAUUCAUUUGUUAGUCUCUAUAGAUGGGCAGCAGCAGCAGCGAAGCACUGUUGGCAGCAGCAGCUGCAGCAGCAGCAGCCGCAGCAGCCGCAGCAGCAACAGCAGCAGGAGGAAGAUAAACAGCAGCAACAGCAGCAAUGGAGACAAAUAUUGGAUAUGCUCCUUCCCCCUUUGCUGAAUAUUUUGCAUGCAGAGGAGACAUGGGCAACAAAAGUGUCUCCUUGUCUCUUCUUAGAUCGUCAUUUAGAGACACUUAAGGAAGAAUUAGAUCUAUUUAUACAUACACAGUUACCUAUACACCACAAUUAA